AUGUUAGAUCAAGUUGAAACAGAUACAAUUGGUCCCAAGGUUUGUGAAUUAACUAAUAAUGCUUAUAGAACCAAUGAUUCAAGUCUUAAUGAACUUAUUAGUGCACUUAAUAAUAUAUACCAUCUUCCUAAUUUGAUGGAAUUUGCAUAUACAUUUAGAAGAGAUAAAAGCAUCAAAACUAUAAAUAAUGAAAACAUUGAGGUUAUAGAUAAUAAAAAGGAUAAUAGCAUUGAAAUUGCAAUUGUUAGUAGUAGUUCUGCAUUAAAUAAUUUGGAAAGUGUUUGA